CCUCUUUGGGGGCGGGCGGGUUUGAAAAGGAGGAAGAAGCCAAGAAGGGCAGCCCGGGAAAGAGAGAGAGAGAUUGAGAGAGAGGGAGAGAGGAGAGGCGCGCUACAGCCGGGCAAGAGGAGAAGCCAGUGAGCGCCCGCCGUCGGGGAGCCAACACGAAAUGGAGGAAGGAGAGCACCCUCGUGCCCCUUCUUUCCCGCCUCAGAAGACCCUUUGCAUGGCUGAGCCUCCCACCCUCCAAGUGCCUCCCAGCAACUUUGAAUCUCCACUGAUGUAUGAAGCUUCAGAGCACCAAAGUGUUGGCACAGAUAGUUCAGGAAGCAGCCUUGGAAGCUCGGUCACAGCAUGUAAGAAGGUUCUCUGCAGUAACAGCUUGCUAGAAUCAACAGACUACUGGCUUCAGAAUCAGAAGACACCAUGCCAAAUUGGUAUAGUGGAAGACAAGGUGGAAAAGAACUACACUUCAGUUUGCUUUGUGAAUCUGGAUGCACACAAAGAUGAUUGUGACAAUGAACUCAUGAAACAGAAGUUGGUCGGCAUCUCCCCAAAUCUCCCAAAGCUUAUCAGCUCUAUGAAUGUACAGCCACCAAAAGAGAAUGAAAUCAUCCUGCUGAGUGGGUUAACAUCAGGGAAUCCUCAGAGUGAUUUUGAAGUACCCCAGUGUUCUUGGCUGGCAGAUGUCUGUCUGGUUCAGUGCGCAAGAGGAAACAGAAAGAACAGCACAAGCUGCAUCAUCUUUGAAAUAAACAAGUUUCUGAUUGGGCUGGAGCUUGUGCAGGAGAAGCAGCUGCACAUAGAGGCUGGUAUCUUAAAGCCUGAGGAUGACACUAAUUGUUCAGUGUCCUCAAUAGAGGAAGAUUUUCUCACUGCAUCUGAGCACUUUGAAGAUGAGAAUGAGCCUGGUGAAUAUGAAAAUGUCCACGAUCAUCUAAGUAUUACGGAACCUGUCAUAGAGCCCAAAACAUAUAGAGGGAAAGAAUUUGAACAUCUACAUUGCCAAAAGGCCACAUUGCCAUUUGCCCUGGAAGCAAAUCGUCUUAACAAAGUUAGCCACACAACUUCUGCUAGGACUUCAAGCUCCUCUGAAGAAGAAUGCAAUGGCGAGGGUGAAACUGAUAUUUCCAAAACUGUAGAUAAAGCCAUUAAGCAGCUUCACUGGAAAGUUGAUCAAACUGGAAAAUCCAAGCCAUUUUCUAAUACAGAUUGCCUGGAUGACUUUUCUGAUUUAUCAGAAGAUGUUACUUUGACCAUAAUGGCCAAGGAAGAAGGGAUUUCUUUGGAUGAUGCAACAGCAUCGCAAAACACUCAUUCAGACACACCAGACUGUAGAACUGAAAGAACAUCCCAUGUUUUCAUUCCAAAUGAACAAGCUACUGCAGGUCAGUUUGCUACAAAUCUGGCAGAAUCUGUCCUGCAAGAUGCAUUCAUCAGAUUGUCUCAGUCUGCUUUCCCUACAGAGGCUGCUAUCAGCAUCUCAGUUGGUAGUUCCGUAACUUCACCUCCAUAUGCAACACAGAAUAUCAUGAGCCCCCAAUCAUGGAGUGAACUCCCCAAAAUUGUUAUAGUGCAGAGUCCUGAUGGUUCUGAUAAUAACCUUGAGUGGCCUGGGUCCAAUUUACCAGGUAUGUGUCCUUGGUCUGAAGGUGAACAUUCCAGUGAAGUCAUCGAUCAUUUGCAAGGCAAGAGCUCCAGUGGGGGAACUCAGAGUGCUUUAGAAGUAGCUUUGGCUUGUGCUGCAACAGUCAUUGGUACCAUUUCAAGUCCUCAUGUCACAGAACAGCUCAAAAGGGAACAGGAAUCCAUAAGCACGCCAACUAAUCUGGUUGAUAAUGAAGAGUCUGAGGAGUUAUCUUCCCAAAGUGCGAAUCACUGCACACCUGUGGAUUAUUCAUUUCCAUCUGCUCUGUGUGGCAUGACUCAAGUUGCAAGUGCUGUUGCUGUUUGUGGCCUUGAGGAAAAGAAAGAUGACAAGUACCCUGUAACUUCAGGAGGACUUUUGUCUGCAGCUGAGACAUCAGCUGCUAUUACUCUUCGUUACAGUAUAGCGAUAGGGAGCAGUAUGGAAAACCUGAACUAUAACAUUGCACAAAUGCUAUUCAAAGAGGCAUCUGUAGUGUUAAUGAAACCUGAAACUUACAGGAAUGUAGGAGACUUUAUGGAGUCUAUGAAUGAGAAAAUUGUUCAGGCUGCGACAAAGCCCUCAGUUUCCCAUUUAAAUGAAAUUGUUAUUGAUGAUCUCGCCCAAAAUUUGUCCAAUGUUAUUCUUACACACUCAGUGGAAGAAGUCAGGAAAAAGCAGUUAAAUGUAUGUUCAGACAGAAACAUAGACCUUCAUACCCAGGAUGUCUUUAUUUCAACUGUUAAUAAUCUACUUUUUAAUGUGCUAUACUUCACUUAUAAGAAAGUGAGUGAUGUUGCACAGCUUAGUGGGUGUUCGAGUACUCUUCCUGAAGAUAGCCUUAGUGCUCGGGUAAUGGAGAACCAAUCAAAAGAGACAACAAAUGAUCUGUCAGAGCACCCUCCAAACUGCUCCAGCAAUAAGCUUUCUAAUACCAUCUCUGGCUCUAAUCAUGGAAAAGAGGUUGCGUCUGCAAGAACUUUGGUGAAAGAUGCCAAAGGGGAAGCUGAACCACACACCCUUGAGUCUGCUGCACUUCAUGCAGAUGUGCCAACCGGGGCCAAUGCACGUAGUUCAUCCUCUGGAAAAAGCUCUCCCAAGAAAAAAUAUCUCAAAAGAAACAUGAGAGAGUGUUACAAACCCACAGAUCCCAAUAGCAUCGAUCAAACUAAGAAAAAACUCCAGUCAUUUACUGGCAAAGACUCUACAACAGCAGCAAGUGAAUGCAAAUAUGGCCUUCAAGAACUUCAGUCUUCCAAUGGGAAAGUCAGUAGAGAAAAUCAGGAAAAUCAUAAAUGUGAUGUAGGAUGGCACAAUGAAACCCAACUCACUCUGUCGUUAUUGGGCAAUCCAAGUUUUCCACCUCCCCAACCUCUGCUACACAUGAAGCACCCACCAGACAAAUACUGCCUAGCAGAUUUUGCAGAGGAAUUGGCAGAGACGGUGGUAUCUAUGGCAACAGAAAUAGCUGCCAUUUGUCUUGACAAUUCAAAUGGCAAGCAACCCUGGUUCUGUUCAUGGAAGAGAGGAGAUGACUAUUUCAUGCCCCAGGCUUUGGCAUGCCGGCCCGUUAAAAGGAAGAAGGAGACACCAGUUGUGAGAAAACAUCGGCCACCUAGGCUUAGUGAGAUCAAGAGAAAAACAGAUGAGCACCCCGAGCUUAAAGAAAGGCUUAUGAAUAGGGUUGUGGAUGAAUCCAUUAACCUUGAUGAUAUACUAGAUUCCAGCAAUAGCUUUGCUAGUGAAGUGGCUGCUAAAAUUAUGAAUUUAGCUGAACUCUCUGUGGCUGAUAAUGUCUGGCAGAGUCCGAACCAUCCUCGAAAUAGACUACACUGUGACAGAUGGAGCAGAGUCAAUGCAUCCAGCUGUGAGAGCAUUCCUGAGGAGGACUCAGAUUCCAAAGGGCCUGCAAAUACUUUAGGUCUCAUGAACACUUUAGGACAGCCAAUGAGCAGGACUAGUUCUGUCUCAAAGCAGUCCAGCUGUGAAAGCAUUACAGAUGAGUUUUCAAGGUUUAUGGUCAAUCAGAUGGAAAAUGAAGGCCGAGAGUUUGAUUUAUUACUUGACUACUAUGCUGGGAAGAAUGCAAACAACAUCUUGACAUCUGCACUGCAACAAGUCACCAAAAAAAAUGGGCACCUCAAUGUUAGGUCAGGUUGUCCAUCCAAACAGUCCAGCACGGAAAGCAUUACAGAUGAGUUUUAUAGAUACAUGCUAAAGGAAAUUGAAAAAGAAAAUAAAGAGAAUGUGACUAGAAACUCAAAAGACUGGAAUAGCAAUUUAUUGCCUCCUUCUCAACGAUCACCCUUUUGUUUUAGGCAGUCUUCAAUGCCUGAUAGCAGAUCCUCAGCAUCAAGACUAACAGUAAAUGCGCCCAUCAAAGCAAAUUCAUUAGAUGGCUUUUCUCGCAAUGGCCACCAGGAUUCUUUAAGUGUGCAGCCAAUCAGCACAGUGUCCGCUUCAGGACUUUGUAAAUCAGACUCUUACUUGUACCAAAGAUGUCGGACUGAUCAGGUAACUGACAUGCUGAUCCAUGAGACAUGGUCAAACUCCAUUAAAGCUCUAAUGUGCAAAAACAAAAUAAUAGUCGAUGAUGGAGAGGUUCCUGAACUUGACCAGCAUCCUCACAACUCCCCACCACAAGUCCAGCAAUAUGCAAAUAGGUUAGCCGCAAAUAUAGUCGAAAGUGGGAAAACAUUAAUUUCCAUCCACCAAGAUUCUACGGAGAGAGAUCAUGCGACAGAAAGCAGCCAUAUUCCACUAGGGGUGCAAAAUAUCAGUAAAUCAAUAGGUGAUAAAAUAGAUUUAGAUGUGAAAAAGGAACACACUGCAUCUCCUGGCUCUUUUCCUACAAACCAUCCAAGCUGUUCCGCAUACCUAAGGGAAGUGCCUUUAAUUCAAAUAGAGACAGAUCAAAGAGAAAACCUUGAUGAAGAUUCAGAACCUGGAACUGAACUUACCAUUGCCUCUGAGGAAACUAGGGAACAUCUAAACAAAGACAAGCCCUCAAGUAACAGCUUGACCAUGGGCAGAUGUCCUGAGUCUGAAGCCUCCAUGGAGGCCAGAGCAGUAGAAGAGUCCUCAGUCCCUCUCAGCAGCAGUGAUGAAAGCACAGGUAGCAGCUGGUGUCAGUUGGCAACUGAGGAGGAGAACCCGGAUGAUACAAGCAGCUUUUUGCAGCUCAGUGAGAGAUCCAUGAGCAAUGGCAACAGCAGUACCACUAGCAGUCUUGGCAUUAUGGAUCUGGAAAUUUAUCAGGAAAACAUGCCAUCUUCUCAUACAAUUAAUGAACUGGUAGAAGAAAAGACAUUCCGUAAAAAAGAGCCAGAAAAAGCAGAAGAAUGCACUUCUGCUUUAUGCGAGGGAGCUGCCAAUGAGCAAAGGGAUCUCUUGGUGAUAAACUGUGACCUGGAACCAGGGUGCCCAGACGCAGAACUGCGUGCCACGCUUCAGUGGAUAGCGGCAUCAGAGCUUGGGAUUCCCACCAUCUAUUUUAAGAAAUCUCAGGAAAAUAGAAUUGAAAAGUUUUUAGAUGUUGUGCAGCUUGUCCACCAAAAAUCCUGGAAAGUGGGCGAUAUCUUUCAUGCGGUGGUACAGUUCUGCAAACUCCACGAAGAAAGCAGAGAGCUGACGCCAAGUCUCUUUGAUUGGCUUCUUGAGCUGGGAUAAGAAAUCUUGUUAUAUUCCCCAUGUUAAUUUUUAAUCCAUUUUAAGUGGCAGUGCUUUGUGAAUGGCCCUGUGUUCAAAACAUCAGCACCGAAAGUGAAUAGAAAUACACAAACUCUGCCAAUGCACCAGGAUGUUAUUAAGCUGUGCACAGGAGAAAAGUGGAAGUCCAGGGUAUACCAUUAGUUCAUAUGGGAGACUUUUUUAAAUAUAUUAGUGCAAGAAAGAAUGUGGAUACCUUUUAAAUGAACGCUUUAAUGAAGGUUGGUUUGUUGAAAGAGACAGACUUUCCUAUAUUUCUGAUAAUCAUAGACUGUCUCCUUGGCCAUUUGUAUUGACUCACACUGGAACUGCACAGCAACAAGAUUUUAAAAAAGAAAAGAAAAAGACCUCACAAUUUGUAAUUACACUUAUUCUUGUGUAAGUUUGUAGAAUGUUACCCAACGGUAUACGUAUGAGAUCUGUUUCAGUGAAUUCCAUAUAAUUAUGUUUUCACGUUAUUCCAGAAGAGCAGAAAGAAGAGUCUAAGCUCUGUGCACUGGGUCACAAACAACAUUUACAAGCUAUUGAAAUAGCUUUUUUUUAAAGCCUGUAAUCAUUCAGCAGGCAUAUUAUACUGCUAAAUAUAAUUCAGGUUGGUGAAUUUUCAUACAGGUCUUUAAAACUCAUCUUGUUGUUGCUGCUGCUGCUGUUGCUGUUACUUCCUAUUGGAAGCUAUGUAGUUUGGCGAAUGUAAUACAGGACUGCUUUUUAACAAAUCUGAGUCCCAUGUGGAGCUUUAUUUGCAAUUUGUUGUAAGACUGUGGGCAGGUAUUGGUAUUUCAAAACUUCACUUUUACCCAUUUGUAAUGUUGAAUCAUGUCCUUUGUAAAGUUCUUAAAAUAAACAGAAUACUUUUAAAAAGAACCCAACUACUCAAAUUUUAUUUAGACUUCUCAGUGAAAAUCAGUUGUUUAGGCCAACCUCAAAAUAUCUACUGUAAUCUCAGAAAUAUAACACAAUUUUUAUAUAAAAAAUUUAAAAUCUUAAUUUAUUUACAUCUGAUUUUCCAUUUUGUAUUUAAAUAUUUGGAAUACAAUACAUAUAUUUUACUUUUUAAAAAAACCAAUCAAUUUGUCAGCAUGCAACCCCAGCACUUCAAUUAAUGAGUAAUUUUCAUACUAUAUGUAAACCUUCUUUAACACUAGCCAACAUAUCUGGUUUAAAUUUCAAGUCAAAAUGUUUCAGUUCAUUAGUUAUUCAAUAUCUUCACUGCAGAAUGCCAAUAUCCUUUCCAAAUAUAAUCUGCAGCUAUUCCACACUGUUGAGAAUUGCAUAUAUUUUAUCAUUUUUUAAAAAAAAGCAAAACUGUAUUUUUGGUCAUAUAGUGAUAUUGCUUGUUAUCUUUCUGCAAAAAUAUGGAAGACAUAUUUUAUUUUCAUUACAAAACUAUAUGAUUCUGCAAUAUGUCCCAAAUGUUUUUGCACUAUUUCGAAAUAAUUUUAAAUAAAUUAUAAAGAGCCAUAUUUAUCUAAUUGUUCCUCUUAAAAGUGCAUGUCUGUAUGUUCUCAUAAUUCAAAGAAGACAUUUUCCAGGAUUUAAAUCUAUUUUUAAGUGUUGAGGCAACUUUUCUGAAUAUUCUACAGUACAGGUCACUAUUACUAAUAAAACAUCUAGUUUAUUCCUGGUCCUAGCUCAGGCUGAACAACACAUAGGUCUCCUCUGAAGAAAUGUCACUGUCUUAAAAGCCAGUCCAGGCUUCUGUUCACUAAGUACCUCUCAACAGUAAAAAAUUGAAAAGUAUAUUGCUAGAAAAAUUAUUUAUUUUUAGAUCAAUGCAGGUUAGUAAAAAAAAUUGUACUGACUUUCAGUGAUGGUAGAAUAAACGUUUACAAGCACAAAUAACAUAGUGACAUGUUAAAAUGUGAUGAAAUUCCAUUCUGUACGUUUCUUCUUCAUAUUGCAACCUGAUCUGAAAUAAAUUUGUGUUAACAA